AUGUCCGACAUGUACGAGGACGACUCGUUCGUGAGAGAGAUCAAUAGGCUCAACGCAUCCGGUCAAGAAUCCUCGCCUGUGGCCGAUGAGAGUAGGGUGGAUGAAGAUGCUUCGGCGGACCGCUCGAGUGGGAUGGAAGUGGACUCGGAUCGGGACGAUGAUCGAAGUGGGAUACGGGAUGUGAAUCAUCGAAGCCGGUCCGAUGCUGGAAGAUCCACCGAAGGAGGACAUCCCAGAACUAGUAACUCCACAUUGGAAUCCAUGGACGGCCCUUUGUCUAUAGACGACUCGCAGGCCUCCGAUCGACAACCUGAACCGAAUUGCCGGCUUCGAGCCUUCACUUGCGCCCACGAUGAGUUUUUACGCGAGCUGGGCUGGGAAUACACGGCUAGGCAUGGCUGGCACCAUGCGCAGCUGCGGUGUCUGACUUUUCGGCCCAAAGUCACUUACUUUGAGACCGUCUACGUCUCCAGACAAGAAGGCAAUCACUUCCUCCUCCUCCCAGUCUGCGAAUCCUGCAAACAGUCAAAUCCACAGCAUGUCAAAGGAAUGACCUGUCACUUCUCCCGCCAAGCGAACUCCUGUCGAAUAUCUGUCUUCCUCGUUGGUUGGAAGAUAGGUGGGGCACAUAUUCCGCACGAUCCAGCUACUUCAAUCGACUGGGAUAAGGAGAAAGAAGCAGAUCUAAAGCAGCGCGCAUCCAAUACUCGCAGUCGUAUCUACAGACUGCUUCGCACUACCGCAACCCAGCGUAUGGGAUCCAGGCGCCGGAAUGAGGAUGGAACCCUGGCGGUCCAAGCCAGCGUCGACCUGGCACCAGCAAUCAAUCUCCGACAGAUGGCGAAGACCCUCUACGAAUGGGAUAUUCCCUUGGCGUUGCGCAAGCAGAAGCAGCUUUUGGACACCAGCAUGGAGAUGCCGAGGCACGGUAGUGGACACUUCGACAAUGAUGUUCUAGAUUUUGGCCAGAACGAUUCAGACGCUAUUGGAUUUGUCGAUUUUGGACAGGACCCCGGAGCAGACAACUUUGCGAUGGACUAUACUCACGACCCUACGUCACCAUCGCCCUCGGGAAGAGAUGCAUCCACCCCCCGGGGUAUCCUACAGCAGUCGCCCCCGGCGGUGGAGGAUGAGGAGGUCUCUUCAGAAGCACGUUCUUCGUCGGAAAGUAGCUCACAGCGUCCGUCACCUAUUCCUCGCCUUCCUCCACGUUGGACCUCUCCUGGACCCGAUACCCAGACACUCAUCGACUCCCUCCUCGUCUCUCGACUGCGUGAACGGGAGACACGUCUGCUGGAAUAUGUCGAUGCCCUGGAAGAGCACCCCAGCCGGAAGGCCAUUCGGAGGUUGGAGAGAGACAACGACUCCUUGAAACGAAUAGUCGAAUCCCAGCAUGAGGACCGGAUGGAUCAAGAUUGUCAAAGGAUCCAUCAGACCAACAUUCUCCGUAUAAUGGAGAAGAAGUUGCAAACACAGGAGAAGCGCUAUGAAGAAGUCGCUUCGUCGGCAUCCCAUUUCAAGGAUUUGGCACUCUCCUACGAGGAGAAAAGAAGAGACGAACAAGGAGAAGCUGAGCUCGUUGAGUACAGAGUCAGGGAGCUGGAAGCGGAAACCAAAUGUCUCACUCGCAAAUUGGCAGCUCGGAAAUCAAAAAUCGAAGAGAUCGAAGGACGGUUGGCGGACUCACACAGCCUACAUGCCAUGGUCCAACUGGAUUGCAAAACGUUGUCAAUGGAGAAAGAUAUGAUGCGGACGACUAGUAAAUCUCUGCAAAACGAUUUAAAUCGGGCACAGACAGUCUCGGAACAGCGACUCGAGGAGAUUGGUCACUUGGAACGUGUUUUACAUCACCGAUCGCUUUUGGUCCGCAAGAGAGAUGCUUAUAUCCUCGAGCUGGAAAGAUCAGACAUCGUCAAUCAAAAGCGUACGAUCGAGGAACUCGAGUCUGCCAUGUCGAGCAAAGAGGAUGAGAUUGUUUCUUUGCGAUCACAGCUCAAGAGAUCGCAACAGGAGGUUGAGGAGGAGCGGAAGAACCUCGGUACCUCUCGCAGGAUAGUAGAUGAGAAGCUCUGGAGAGACUACAAGGGCCAGCAAGACCUGCAGUCAAUGUUGACCGUUGCUUAUAAGGAAAUACACCGAAGCCACAAGAGAAGGAGGCAGGACCUAGAGGACGAUGCGCUAUUGGCUGAGUUGCUGGAGAAACGAAAGGCUAGGCACAUUGCUGCUGAGGUAGAGGGGUUCCCCGAAAAUGACGAGAACGAGGCUUGUGGGUAG